GCACUCACGUGGACCAGCUCUACACAUCCUACCCGGGGUCCUUCUCAGCAACACCCUUCCAAGAUGGCAGCCAACAGUAGCAGCACGGGUAGCAAAUCGAGCAACAGCGCCGGUGGAAAACAGUCCGGCCCGUCAGCCGAACAGGUGGUGGCAACAUUUCAGAGUAUGCGUCAGGAGCAGCGCAGUAUGGCUUCUAAAGCUGCAGAGUUGGAGAUGGAGAUCAAUGAGCACAGCUUAGUAAUUGACACCCUGAAGGAUGUGGACCCUUCGAGGAAAUGCUUUCGUCUUGUAGGAGGAGUGUUGGUGGAGAGGACGGUAAAAGAAGUUCUACCAGCCUUGAAAACCAACAAAGAACAGAUCUCCAAAAUAAUAGAGUCCAUCAACACACAGAUGCAGUCUAAAGGACGGGAGCUCACAGAGUACAGGGAACGCUACAACAUCCGGUUGGUGGGAGAGGGUGAAGGAGAGGCACAAAGCCAGUCAGCAGCAUCUUCCAGGGACAGCGAAGGAGGCGGGUCUAAAAGCGGAGCUGGCGUUUUAGUGUCGUAGUUUAUAAUAAUAGAGGGUGACAGCAGGGCCUUAUGAUUUCUGCAGUACUGAAAUUAUAGUUGGAGUCACAAAAUCUAGGUUUUCCAUUGUCACAGGAUAAGUUUGGUUUUGGAGAUUGGUCAAAUUUCUGCUAAACAUAUUGCACUUGCUAUUGAAGUACUUUUACACAAACUCAAACAGUACACAUAGUGCUGUGCUUAUGUAUGUGAAUGCUAGUGCGUAUAAAAAAUGAAGGGUGUUUGUCUUACAUUUGCCUUUCAGUGAAGCUGAAAGGCUUUUUGUUUCUGAAAUACUGUGCAAGAAAUUAAACAAUCAAAUUCAAGUCCUGAGUACUUGUUUUAGUCUUACUCACAAUUACACAUGAGCGAGUAAAUAUUUUACUAUCUCAGAUUAAAGAAAAAAUGUUCCCCCAUGUAAGAUAUAAUUGCCAAAGUGCUGGGUUAAAAUUUGAAGUUAAAAAAUCAUUUAAAAUGCCAAGAACAUACAAGAGUGCACAUGGUUAUUAAAUAAAAACUAGAUCACAGUGCAUUUUUAAGUUUUUGAGCUUUAACAUUUUGUAAACUUAAGAUUUUGGACAAACAACUUAAAAAUUAGGAAAAAUAAAAGCUGAUUUCAUUGGGCCCUAAAGUAGGUUGAGCUUUGCAAACAGUCACCCUUGCCAAGGCAGUACAGGUCCUGGAAGGCAUUUUGGCAACAUGUUAUGAGCAUGAACAAGAGAUUAUACUGUAAACAUGUCACUAUAGAUCAAAAUGAAUGUGUCAGCUUUGUUCACCCUCCCUCUAUGAAACAUUUUAUUCACGAUUUGUGUCUUCACACGUAAGCCAUGCACAGAACGGCUGCUGGUUUGCAUUGAUAAUGCUGAUGUGAGGUCAGUCUGUGUUCAGUGGUUAUAUGACGUGACCAGUGAGAAGAAGUCAGUGCUACCACCACACCUUAACAAUAAAGGCCUGUCAUUGAAAACACAAUAAAACUUGUCGUAUUCUUUCUGAUCUGUAGCACAUGCUUGAGCUCGGAGUCGUUAAAUUAAUUUGUUAGCACAGUCUAAACUGACGAAAUGCCACCUAGGACCUGAUGUGCGCUGUUCACACUGUUUAUGUAGUUGUAAGGACAAAAUUGUUUUUGUUAAUGGUCAUGAAUUAAAGAAUGCCACAAGUGUG